AUGCCGACUCCGCCGACAGAGGAUGACCGCCAGAAGCGGAUCAUCCAGUUCGCGGAGGAAUGGGGCAUCGAGCCCCCGCCAUCGCCGACGCCGCUGUCGCGGCCCUCCAGCCCACCUAGUUACCGGUCUCCGGAGGACGACAACAAGGCCGAAGACCUCCUGAAGAGGAAAGCCUCAUCCCUGGGCCGGACCGACUCCACCACCAACCUCAGGCGCGCCUUCACCUCCAAGAAGAAGGCAUGGGAUUACAAGAUCGUCUUCGAGACCCUCGACCAACAUGUCGCCGACCGCGGCUCACCCGGUAUCGCUGAGGCCCUCAUCAUUCAGCUCAUUCAGUCUGGCGGCGACGUGAACAUGGCUCAGAAGGCCAAGACGAGUAUCCUGCCGCGGAGGAAGAGCUUGGAAAGUUUUGGUGAGCGCAGCAAGGUGCUCCAGCAUGCCGUCCACAAUGGUCAGGUCGACAUGAUCCAGGUCCUGCUGCCCCACGCCGACCACUUCGCCCUGGACGCUUCGUUACCUUUGGCCAUGCGCGCCGAAAAUGUCGACGUGGUGGAGCAGCUUCUUCGCUACGGUGCCGGCGUUCUCCAGAGCAGCGAGACCCACGAGGUUUUCCGUCAGGCAUGCGCCUCGGGGCGUCAAGCCGACAUGGUUGCCAUCAUCCUUCGCUCGGAAGCGAAGCCGCCGUCAGGUUGGCUAUCUCAGUGCAUGGUGGAUGCGACCAAGGCCGGAUGCUUGGCCACGGUACUCCAUCUGAGUCGAUCUGAUGCCGACGGAGACUACAACAAUGCCGAGGCACUGAAAGUCGCCAUUGGACAGGGCCGUCAUGACAUCGCCCUCGCUCUCGUCAUGGGCAACCACCCACCGAAACGACCAGGAUUAGACGAGGCUUUCUCACAACUGCUGGACCACCCUUCUAUGAACCCUAAUGAUAAGGUCGCUGUUGCUGAGUUGUUGCUUUGCGCCGGUACGGACGGCGAUGGGCCGGCUCUGGCACUCAUUCACGCCGCAGCCUCCGAGUUCCAGGAUAUGGUUAGUCUGUUGGUCAAGUACGGAGUAUCGAUCGAGUAUCAGGACGCCAUGGCCAUCCGGAAAGCCAUCCAGAACGGACGGAUAGACGUGGCGUACACCCUUCUGAGCGGUAGCUCAGAACUCAGCGCAACUCAUGCCUCGGAGUGUGUCGAGUUGAUUCCGAGGAAUAUGGCCUUGGAGAGCCGUCGGCUACUGCUAGACCUGCUACUACGGAGAGGUGCGAGCGGUACAGCAUUGCACGACAUGCUCAUCGAGGCAGCUGAGGCCGGUGAUGUUGACUCGGUCAAGCUGCUGCUCACUCCUGUGUUCCCGGGAGGCCGGCCAAUAGCCGAACAUGACGUGAAGAAGGGCCCACGAUCCAUGGUCUACGACCGCCAUCAAGUCGCCUCUGUCGAUCACAAAGGAGGUCUGGCACUGCAGAUUGCCGUCAUGAGAAGUGAUGUUGCCAUGACCAAGGAGAUGCUGAUGAGCAAGCCGUCUAGUGAGACCCUGGCCCAAAUAUUCCCUCUGACCAAGACAUUAUCUCGGCAGAACCGCUAUCGCAUGGUUGAAUGUUUCCUCACCAGUGGCCUGACCGGACCCAUCGUCGACGAGGCACUGCAAGAAGCCAUCGAUGAAGAGCCACCGCAUCGCGAUGAGGACCUCAUCGGCCUGUUCCUAAAGUACAACACCGAUAUCAACACCAAUGAGGGAUCAGCACUGGUCGCUGCCGUCACCCAAAAGGAUCUUAGGUUACUGAACGCCCUACUUAAGAAGAACGUCACACCACAAACCGCUGCCAGCAUCUUACCCCGAAUCAUCGCGACGCACGAUCCGCAGGCGAGGCUAGAUAUGGCAACCUUACUUCUCACAUCUGUACCGACCCUAGAGACGGCCAAGGUCUCCCAAGCGAUGCUCAACGUCUUGAACUACCGUCCCGCAGACCUGAAGCUUUUGCAAGUGCUGCUGCUUCAGGGCCGGGCCGAUGUUAACGUCGACAGCGGCAUCGCCAUGGCUUCUGGUAAUCAUGACCCUCCCGUUCUCGAAAUGCUCUUGAAGCACGGCAAACCCUCGUCUCAGACCGUCAGCCGAGCCAUCAACGAGCUCUCACAGAUGCAAUCGUCAGAAUCGAAAGCCGAGAAACUUGAGAUUCUGUUAUUCAAAACCAAGGACAAGGCCCUCUUCAACGAUGUUCUCGUCAAGGAAGUCCACUCUCUGCUUCAGACGGAUCCCGAGAAGCGGAGGCUGUCAAUAGUCAAGGUGCUUCUCGAAUCAGGUGCCGAUGUCAACUCUCACAACGCCGCCGCUCUUUGCCACGCUGUUGCCGCCGGCGAUACGCAAAUCACUGACCUCCUCUUCGCCGCCCGCCCAAGCCCUGCGUCACUCGCCUCAGCUCUUCCUCACGCAUUGCGCAUUGCCGACCCGAUGGACCGACUCGAUUUCUCCGAGAAGUUGCUUGACGCUGGCGCGCCUAGUGCGGAAGCAAACAGGGCCUUGGGCUUCGCCAUCAACACCUACACCAACGACAUUCCUCUGCUAAGAACAUUAUCGGUCAAGGCCAACACCAGCGAUGGAGAAGCUUUGAUGUCAGCUGUGAAGAAAGAGCGACCCGACAUUGUCGAAAUCGUUUUGAAGCAGAAACAUCCGGUUGCUGUCAUGAACGACGCGUUCGCCGAGGCGGCCAUGUUGUCAGACCGAGACGCCAGGGCAGGUAUUUGCACUUUGUUAUUGGACCACGGCGCCUCAGGCUCAGUUCUCUCCGAUGCCCUCCUUGCUGCUGCGGCAGAUGGCGACCUGAUGCUGGGAAGUAUUCUGGUGUCUCACGGCGCUCAGAUUGAUGAGGAGGCGAUCGUUGAAGCAUGUCGAUCGGGCGCUGCCGACGUGUUGACGAUGCUGCUUAGUGGAAGCACGGCGCCGAAGAAGUCUACCAUCGAGAGAGGUUUCCAGGCCGCCACGGAAGUCGGCAACCUCAAAACACGUGCUGCCAUCCUGCAGCCUCUACUUAGCCAUGGAGUGGAUGGCGAAGCGCUUCACGAACAACUCGCUUCCGCCGUUCGGUUCGGAGCCGAUGGCGAGGACCUAGUGAAGACUUUGCUGGAAGCUGGCGCCGAUCCUAACCACAACAAGGGAGAAGCUGUGUGGGCAGCUACGAAGUGUGCCUACCUCAAUACUCUGAAAAUGAUGCUGGGGCAGGUCGACAUAGGCACCAAACUGAAGCACAAACCAGCGCCAACCACCCUCAACAGGGCCUUGAGAGCGGCUUGGAAAUUAAGCCGAGAACCGCGUGCGACUAUAAUCGACGCGCUCUUCCGAGCAGGUCUGCCGAUAUCUGAUGACCUGCAUGUGGUCCUGAACCAAGCUAUCAACGAAGAAGAGCCUGACUUCAAGCUCAUCAAGGCUUUGAUCCGAUUUGGCGCCUCUCCCAUCGCGAAUGAUUGCCAGACACUCAUCGACGCCACGAGGAGAGUCAUGGUACGCCCGCUGGCCCUCAUGUUGGAGUCUAAGAUCUUGGGAGAAGACCUCAACCUCGCCAUCCGGGAAGGCUUCACCAAAGACAACUCCCAAGAAUGGUUCACCGAAGCUGGUUUCAGCAUCCUACACAGCUUCUUACAAAAGGGUGCUCACGGUGAUGGAUUGAGCUCUGUCCUCACUCAAGUUGUCGACAUGCCGCUGUCCGAGUCCGAUGACAGUGUCAGUCUCGCCAACGGCUUUGUCGACAUCCUCCUGGACCACAAAGUCGAUGUCAACUACGACGACGGCAAAUUGCUUCAAUCCGCAGCCGCCGCCUGCAACUCAUUUCUCGUUCAGCGACUACUGGAAAAGAAGCCGAAUACAGAGUCGAUCUCGCGAGCCUUUUAUCGCAUUUUCGACAAUCCCACUUCUGAAGAGGAAGCUCUGGAGCUAAUUCAAAUGUUUACUGACUACGCCGAUGGAGAGACCCGGCUGGACGUCAUGUACACGCCGCCGGACUCAGUACCUCUCCUCUUCCUUGCCAUCCUGCAGCACCCACGAUCUAUUCAGAUCACCAAAGCGUUGCUUGAUGCAGGGUACUACUACGACCAGAUGAUGCCCUGCAAGGUCAUGGAGGAUGUAGAUGAAGAGCCCAUCACACUCAUGAUGUGGGCCUUGCUUCAACCGCAAAAGAAAAUCAGCAGUGGUAUUAUUACAAUGCUGAUUGAGACGGGCGCAAAGGUCAACUUCGAAAGUCGUCUAUCGCACACGACGCCUCUCAUGCUGGCGAUCCAGACACGUCGGCCGGACAUCGUCAAGACGCUGCUGCUAGAGGGCGCAGAGGUGGAUGUGUGCGAUGUGAAGGGCAACACACCGUUGACGUUGUCGACCGAGGCUGGAGGUGACUUGGCCAUCAAGAUGAUGUCGAACUUGCUGGCCGCUGGCGCUUCGAAGAAUGACGGAUCACUACACAACGCCGCUCGUGAGCUGAACCUUCCCGCCUGCCAGGUUUUGGUUCAGUACGGCCACGAACCCGACUUCCCGAGCACUCUCCAUGGUGGCCGAAGUGCACUUGGAGAGCUUGCACGGCACGCCGCGGAUAACGGCGAACUCACAGCAGCACGCCAAAAGCUGAUGGAACGAGUCAUCAACUUCCUCAUCGAAGCCGGCUCCGAUAUCACCCUGCGCACAGAGGGAAAAUCGAUUCUCAUUCUUGCCCUGGACUCCAAAGAUCCUCUCGUCACCAGCCGAACACUGCUCAAGGCAGGCAUGUGGAAGCAUAUCAACAAAAAGUUUAAUAACUUCUCCGACGGCAAGCUGACAUACUCGCCCACGAUGUACGCCACGCACGUACUGCCAAAGACGGAUCAACAGGACGACCUCGUCAAGCUCCUCCGCGCGAACCGCGCAGAGGACGUCUACUACUCACACAUGGGCCCUCAGCCAGAGGGCGCUUGCGGCAUGCCCGACGACAUAGAGGCCCAAGAACGCACCCGCCGAGCGCGCCUCGACCGCCUCAACCUCGAACAGGAGGACCACCUCCUCUCCAUCGCCCGCAACCAGGAGCUCGCCACCGUGCAGGCGCAGAUCUGGUCAGCGCAGGCCGAGCUCGAGGACUCGCGCCGCAAGCGUAUCCAACAAGACGACAUCAUCGCCCUCAACGAACGCGCGCGCGCCGAGGACGACGUCUUCGCGGCCGCCAUGCGCCGCAAGCGCAGCGAACGCAACGCGGACCUCGAGCACCAGGUCGCGCUCACCGAGGCGACCAUCACGCGCGCCCGCGCCGUCGAGAUCGCCGAGCAGGACCUCGCCCUCACGCGGCAGUCGAUGAUGCUCGAGUGGGAGAAGCAGAUGGCGACGGAGAAGGUGGACCACGCCAAGGCCAUGUCGGCGAUCCGGGUCGCGGAGCGGGAGGACGUGGACCGGAUGGACCGCGAGGCCGAGGAGCGCUUCAGGGCGCGGCUCGCGGAGCAGAGGAGGCUCGUCGACGGCCAGACUCACCUCGCGGGCCAGCUUACGAACGCGGGCGUCAACGGGCGGCGGCAGAUUGGGUACAUUACCGGGGAGAUUAAUUAG